GCGGCCCCGGCCCCGGCCCAGUCCCCGUCGCCCUCCGGGGAGGCGGUGCUGCUGUACCGGGACAAGUCGAACCUGUACCCGGGCGGCGUGCAGGCGGGGCCCGGCGGGGCCGCGCUGCGCCCCAACGGGCAGACGAAGUCGCUGGUGCCGCAGCGGCUGGCGCUGGAGUACAUCGUGCCCUGCAUGAACAAGCACGGCAUCUGCGUGGUGGACGACUUCCUCGGCAAGGAGCUGGGCGGGCUGGUGGCCCAGGAGGUGCGGGCCCUCCACCACACCGGCCGCUUCACCGACGGGCAGCUCGUCAGCCAGAAGAGCGACUCCUCCAAGGACAUCCGCGGCGACAAGAUCACCUGGGUGGAGGGCAAGGAGCCGGGCUGCCAGACCAUCCGGCUCCUCAUGAACAGCAUGGACGAUCUCAUCCGACACUGCAACGGCAAGCUGGGCAACUACAAAAUCAACGGCAGGACGAAAGCUAUGGUGGCUUGUUAUCCAGGCAAUGGAACGGGAUACGUGCGCCAUGUUGAUAAUCCAAAUGGAGACGGAAGAUGCGUUACAUGUAUAUAUUAUCUUAAUAAAGACUGGGAUGCUAAGGUAAGUGGAGGCAUCCUUCGGAUAUUUCCAGAAGGUAAAGCCCAAUUCGCUGAUAUUGAACCCAAAUUUGAUAGACUGCUAUUCUUCUGGUCUGAUCGCCGCAACCCUCAUGAAGUACAGCCAGCAUUUGCUACAAGGUACGCAAUAACAGUCUGGUAUUUUGAUGCAGAUGAAAGAGCACGAGCUAAAGUAAAAUAUCUAACAGGUGAAAAAGGUGUGAGGGUUGAACUUAAUAAACCUUCUGACUCAGUUGGGAAAGACGUUUUAUAAGCCUUUGAUUUAGCAACUCCCCUUGCUAUUCUCCCUGAUAAAUCUUGAUGCUAUCUAUUAACUUUUGAAUGUGAAUAACAAGAUAAAGGAAAAUCAACAACAAACCAACAUUUUAAUAAAGAAGCAAACAGUGUUUCAAUGUUGCAUCAAAUAGAAGGUUCUUUGACUGCUGAAGCAUUGUACUAUGUGAUUGUGACUCCAGGCCUGUGACUGCUUAUGUGAAGAAGAUAAGCAAUCAGUAAGAAACAGCAUAUGCAUCUGGACAUAAAUAAGUGCCCUACAUAGAAUUUGUCCAUCCUUAUAUUUUGCCAGACCUGUCAUCCAGCUGAAUCCAAUUCAUCUCUCCCUUUUUUUAUAUGGUAAAAGUUUGAAUUUUGGGUAAUUUUUGUAUGACCAGGUACAGUUUAUCAAAAUUGAGUCUUAAAAAAAAAAAAAAAAAAAAAAAAAAAGAAAAAAAAAAAAAAAAAAAAAAAAAAUUACAGUAUUCUCCAAAAUAACAUGGAUCUAUUUUUGUAAAACUGUUCAUACUGUUCUCCUCUGCCAUGAAAGACCUAAUUUAAUGUAAGGGUUGCCAGUAACUGAUAAUCACUUUAAUUUUCUUUACACCUUAAGUCAGAAAAGGAGCACUUUAAUUACCAGCUAAAAACCUGAUUGUUUUAUAUCAUAUCUCACACUAAUCUUAACUUUUAAAGAUUGCUGCUGUAUUGUUUUUUUGACUAUGUCCUCUUGAACCUUAUUAACAGAAGCAAAUCAGUAUCUUGCUAUUAGUAACAUUCAGUUUGUGGUUUUAUGUGUUGAAUCCACAGAGGGGAAGUUUCUGUCUCUUCUUUGUUUUUUGGGGGUUUUUUUGUUUGUUUUGUUUUGGGUUUUUUUUUUGUUUGUUUUGUUUUGUGGGGUUUUUUUUAAGUGACUGGCACUAAGUGAACUUGACACUAUCGGUUGCUGUCAUUGGCUUUGGGGACCUGGUAAAUACCAUCAAGUUACAAGAAUAUACAAGGGCUUUCCUAGGCUAUUAGAGGUACCCAGAACCUCCUUACGUACUUGACAGAAAAUUUUGAGCUUUCUCCCUUUUCUAAAGAAUACUUGCCACCGCCCUUUCCUUUGUAUAUAAGUUAAUAGAAUAUCUAAAAUUCACUUUUUUUUUAAUUUCCUUUUCAAAUGUUGGUGUCCCAUGCAGUCUGUAAGUUGACACCUUGAUCUAUUAUAUAGUAUCAAGGAGACGGUCAGCACACUGAAGCUGAAGUGCAUCACUGUAGGCUCCUUGUGCAAUACAUCUUUAGGUUUUUGCUGUGCUGAAGGAUUUCAAAAGGCACUGCCCUUUGAUCAGUACUGAGGAAUAUAUUUAGUAAGAAAACAUUUACUUUCUUUUACAUUGUUUUCAUUUUAUCAAGGAGAGGGGACAUCACAGAAUAGAAGUGAGAUGUGCAGAAACUUUGAUACUCUUAUUUUUAAGAAAUGAAUGUUUUGGACGCUGGGUUUUUUUUAUUUUUUUUCCCCUCCUCUUCUUUCUUUUUUUUUCCCUGAGCUUUAAAAGCUUGAGAAAACAAAAGCAAACCGAUGAAAGACAGCAUUCAUAUUUAUAGGAGUUUGGGGGUUGAUCAACUUAUCCACUGCAGUUUUCUAUCUGUCCCUUAUUUCCUUACUUAGCCAAAACAAUGUGAGUGUACAGAAAUAUUUCUGUAUAUAUUACAACUUGUGACAAUUUUAGCAUCUGUAUAGUUUGUAUUCAAUUAGAGACCUUUUCUAUGGAAAGCUCAGUAAUUUUUUAUUAAAAAGAUUACUAUUGUUCAUGUAAAACAUGAAAAAGCUAAUUGUUUAGUAACAAACUGACAGAAGGGGGGAAAAAAAUCAGUAUUCGUAUAUCAUUUAGGAGAACCAACAGAAAUCCCAGGGGUUUUUUUACUUUGCUUUUCCUUUUUUUUUUUUUUUUUUUUUUUUUUUUUUAGUAAGUUCUUGCCCUUUACAGUUCUCUUCCUCUUUCCUCUUUUCUUCCCAGAAAAACAGACAGGAUACCUUUACUGUAAGUGCCUCUGCCAACCUGGCCAAGGAGUGCAAAUCUUCAUUACUGUCUGGUCUGCAGUGCAUUUAGGCUACUAAUGAAACAAGCAAAAAAAGCCACCUCUUCUACUUCAUCUUCUUUAGUGCUACUUUAUCGGAGGUUUGGUUGGUUUUGUUUUAGAAAUGUAAGCAUAAGCCUUUAAACUCAUUUCACUCCCUCUGUAAUUCAAACUUCUGCAGUUACAUGGCGUAUCAAAUUCUAAUCACACUGUAGGUUUGUGCUUGCCAGACAGGUUUAAAAAGUGCUUAAUUUUUCACUCCAUGUAAGUCGUUACAAUAGGGUCAACCAAUCAGGUCAGCCAUUUCUUCCGUGUCCUUUAGAAACUGUUCAUUUCAUGUCGGUUGAACAUUCAGUCUUGAGCAUCACCAAGCAGGUCCUUGUUUUAAAACUAUUUUUUAAACUGUCUUAUGAUCUGUAUGUGUCUAGUCCUGGUUAAAGAUAAAGCUUCAUAAUGUUAUUUUUAUUCAUGAUGUUAGCUGGCUGUGAAAUAUGAGACCUUUAUCUAUAGCAGGCGAAGAAAUUCAGGAUUCAUUUACAGGUUGCCUAUAAAGUUGUGUAAUUUGAAAAGCAGUGUUCAUUAUGAAAGAGCUCUCAAGUUGCUUGUAAAGCUAAUCUAAUUAAAAAAAAGAUGAUGUAUAAAGGUUCUUGAAAA